CGGCGUUAAAGUCUGGUACCAAAUUCCUAGGGUCCAAAAAAUUUAGGCGAAAGUGUGAAUGACGUGGGGUAAGAUCUCUUCCCGAACUUUCAUACUUUAAUCAACCCCUCCAUUCGCGACAACGCGAAGUCCAAAGGAAAUCACAUUCACGCAACAACACCCAGAAUCAUCUAGAGAAAAUCGCAAAAAUGGUUUUGGCGAAAUCGAAGAAGAGCGUCGGGCUGGGUAACAGCCUGAUGAAUGACCGGUUUGGCAAGAACAAGAGUUCCGAAAUGCACCGCGGAAGUGCACAGCAGGGAAUUCAGCGAACCGGCAUGGACGGUGAAUCUUAUGUUAUCAACGAAAAGAAAGAGGCUUCAUGGGUGAAGAUGCGCUCAGUCACCGAGCAAGGUGCCCUCGACGAAUUUCUUUCCACCGCCGAGCUUGCCGGAACCGACUUCACGGCCGAAAAAAUAAACAACGUCAAGAUCAUCCACAGAGACCAGAAAAAUCCAUACCUUUUGUCUCCGGCGGAGGAGCGCGCUGCAGUGCGGAAGCAGAAGGAGAACAGGAACCGAUUGACAGUGCCCAGACGUCCGGCGUGGGAUUCGAAGACGACACCCCAAGAACUUGAUACCCGUGAGAAAGAGUCGUUAUUGCAAUGGAGGAGAGGACUGGCAGAGCUGCAAGAAAACAACGAUCUUCUUAUGACACCUUUCGAGCGAAAUCUCGAGGUCUGGAGGCAAUUGUGGCGAGUCAUCGAAAGAUCGGAUCUUGUCGUACAAAUUGUCGAUGCACGAAAUCCUCUUCUCUUCCGUUCUGAGGAUCUAGAGUCAUAUGUUAAGGAGGUCGAUUCCAAGAAGAAUAAUCUGUUGUUGGUGAACAAAGCAGAUAUGAUGACGCUAGAACAACGACAGUUUUGGGCCGACUAUUUCGUCUCUGCAGGCAUCAACUACAAAUUCUUCUCAGCUGAACUGGCAAAGGAGAUGAAUGAGGCUAGAGAUCUCGAAGAGGAAGAUAACUCGGAUGACUCAUUUGAUGAGGAAGAGGAGGACGAUUCCGAAGGUGACGAAUUGGCUGAACAGGCACGAAAGAUCGAACUUCAAGAGAAGAAGGAGGUCGAUCAAGAGCAGGCUGGUGAGGAAACUAAUGAUGUCCCUGGUGAAGAGGCUCUGUUGAGCGAAGAGGAAGAGCGAACAAGGAUAUUAACCACCGACGAGCUUGAGGCUCUCUUUCUAGAGCAUGCUCCAGACGUCGCCAGUGGACCCGACGGUGCCGUAAGGAAAACACAGAUUGGCCUUGUCGGCUAUCCCAACGUUGGAAAAUCGUCCACAAUCAACGCCCUCAUUGGUGCGAAGAAGGUGUCAGUUUCGGCCACCCCUGGAAAGACGAAGCACUUCCAGACCAUUCAUCUCAGUGACCAAGUCAUCCUAUGCGAUUGUCCCGGUCUAGUGUUCCCUAACUUUGCCACCACGAAGGCGGAGCUUGUUUGCUCUGGCGUGCUUCCCAUCGAUCAGCUUCGAGAGUACACUGGACCAGGUGGACUCGUUGCACAACGCAUCCCUAAGCCAUUCUUGGAGGCCAUCUACGGCAUGAAGAUCGAGAUGCGCCCACUGGAAGAAGGCGGUACCGGCACUCCCACCUCAGACGAGGUUCUACGUGCCUAUGCCAUCGCCCGUGGCUUCUCCACCCAAGGUCUCGGCCAGCCAGACGAGUCCCGUGCAGCACGUUUCAUUCUCAAGGACUACGUAAAGGGCAAGCUUCUCUUCUGCCAUCCACCUCCUAGCGACCCACCAAUCGACCCGAAAUACUUCAACCGUGAACUCUACGACGUCAACCACCUGCCCGCAAAGCGCCGCCAACACUUGCAGUCCAUUGCUGAGUCCUCAUCAAUGGCCGCCACUGAUGAUGCUUCGCUCAUGGACGAUGAAUUCGACAUGGGCAUGCCCGUCCAGGGGCCAAAGACCGCGCGUAUGGACAAGAAGUUCUUCGCUCCCGGCCAGGGAAUGGGUCGUCUCAACAGACCAUUCCACUACCAAUACAGCGAGCAGGGCAAGGCACUCAGCGGCAGGAAACUCAAGGCCGUGACGGCGCUUGAGAAGGAUGUCGAUCCCGCUGAUCUGCAAAUGAACUCGAAAAAGCACUUCAAGGCGAAUAAGAGGAGAGCAAAGAAGGUUAGAGAGAACUUGAGCGAGUACUAAAUCGUACGCGGGGAGAGUCUCGAACUGGAUUAUAAAAAGUAUACAUAUGUGGUGUCUGGCGUCAUCGGCUUACAUGGGCGAUUGCUGGAUCACUCAUUUCGAUACCUGAAUGCAUUUUUUCUUCUCGUUACGAUGAA